AUGCAGGAGGGAGAGGGAGCUGGCUCGACUGAGCCCAAGUCCAAGAUGACCCGCAAUCUCUCCUUCUCUGGCCAAUUCCGAGUCAAUGCAAGCCGCGUACCCGCGCCCGUCGUGAAUCCCUUCAUCAACGAGAGUAUUGCCAUCACCGGCUACGAGUGGUUCAAGCUCGUGGUGGGUAGCGUGCUGUUGGCGCCUAUCAGGCUCGUCCUCAUCCUGCUGCUCCUGGUGCUCGCUGUGCUCCUCGUCAAAAUCGCCCUGCUUGGUCUCUCGGUGCGCGACAUCCACGACAAGCCCUUCACCCGCUGGCGCAAGAACGUCCUCCUCCUCGUCAGGUACAUGGCGCGUGCACUCCUCUUCGUGUGGGGCUUCUACUACAUCCCCGUCAAGGGCAAGCAGGCCGACUUCGACGAGGCUCCCAUCCUCGUUUCCAACCACGUCAGCAUGUUCGAUGUGCUGUUCUUCUACUACUACGAGCUUCCGCGCUUCAUCAGCAGGAAGGAGAACAUCCAUAUGCCGUUCGUCGGCACCGUACUGUGCGCGAUGCAGGGCAUCUUGGUCGACAGAAAGGAUCCCGACUCGAGGAAGAAAGCCGUGGAGGCCAUCAACGAACACGCCAACAAGUCCGAGAGCGAGGGAUGGCCGCGACUGCUGGUGUUCCCCGAGGGCACUUGCACCAACCAGAAGGCGCUCAUCUCCUUCAAGAGCGGCGCUUUCAACCCUGGUAAGCCUGUGCAGCCGGUGGCGAUCCGGCAUCCGUUCAUCCAUUUUGACCCGUGUUGGGUGAACGGCAUCAACCUCCCGCUCCUCAUGUGGCGCUCCCUCUGCCAGUUCUCCAACUACCUUCAGGUCACCUACCUGCCUGUUCACAAGCCCUCCAAAUACGAAAAGGCCAACCCGCAACUCUUCGCCAAUAAUGUUCGGGCGCAGAUUGCGCGCGCGCUGAACAUUCCUACUACUGAGCACGGCUUUGACGACGUCAGCUUCGCCAUGGAGGCCAUGAAGCUGCAGGAGAGGCCCGAGGGCUUCGGCGAAGUCGACCUCAAGCACCUCCGUGAGUACACUCGAAUGAGCCAGGAGGACCUGAACAAGCUCCUGAAGAAGUUCUCCAAGUUCGACAACGACCGCAGCGGCGACAUCACUUUCCAUGAAUUCCGUGAGGCGUUGGGUCUUCCCAAUUCGGAUUACGUGAAGCGCCUCUUCCGCCUGCUCGACACCGACGACUCUGGUUCGAUCUCGUGGAAGAAGUACAUCAGCGGCAUUGCUCUGCUCUCCGAAGAGGUCCGCGAUGACGAAGCGAUCAAGUUCGCGUUCAAGCUGUUCGACCAGAACGACGAUGGUCGCAUCGAACAGGACGAACUCUUUGCGAUUCUGAGUAACGUCAUCACCACCAUCUCCCCGGACGAGGUGGAGCAAAUCUUCACGCGCGUCGACUCCAACCAGGACGGCUUCAUCGACUGUGACGAGUUCACGGGUUUCCUGCGAGAGAACCCAGAGUACAUGCAGCUCAUCUCCUUCCGUCUGGCCGAGAAGCGGGCCGAGGAGCAGCACCUCCAGGAGGCCAACGAGCGGGCAGAAGGAGAGGAGGCGGCAGGCCAACAGAAGGACGCCUGA